UACGAAUCAUAGAAGAAGGCGCACGUCACGUGUCCGGAAAUACUCACGGUGGCUUUCAAUCAAAAUACGGAUCUCCUCUCCUACUCGGAAUACUAAUCGGUUAAAGUAUAUUUUAAUCGUUUUAUUUAUUUUGGCAGGGCUGGCAACAUGCGACGUCUUGGCUCGGUUCAGCAGAAGGUAUCAUGUGUUUUUAUGACGGAAGUCAAAGAAGAACCGUCCAAGAAACGUGACUGCCAACCAUUUCACAUGGUCGCCACCUCCAUUUUGAACCCUGCCGUGCUGGAAGCUGACAUCAACAGCGCACUGGCCACAGAGAAACUGGACGGCACCUGCUGCUACGUUACGCACUACAAAGGGAAACUGCACCUCUGGGCUCGACUGGACAGGAAAGCCAAUAAACAAGCAGAGAAGAGAUUCAAGAAAUAUCAGUAUGCUCACAGGAGCUCCAAAGGCUUUACGUGGAAUGUGGAAGAAGACUUUAAGACGGUGCCAGACACGUGGAUCCCGACUCACCGAGUCAAACAUCAGAACGGUCAUCCCGUCCCCGAUGAACAUGGACACAUUCCAGGUUGGGUUCCGGUGGAAGAUGGCAAUAAGCAGUACUGUUGGCACUCAUCCGCGGUGGAUUAUGGUGCUGGGACUGUGCUGCUUCUUCGUCCCGCCGCCAACAACGAUUACAACACGUUGGAAAUCGCCGCUGUGCCGUUAACGGACCUCCAGGAACAAACUCUGGAGCUGAUCGGCACCAACAUCAAUGGAAACCCUUAUGCCUUGGGAUGCAAGAAGCAACCCAUCCACUUGCUGGUGUCCCACGGGAGUGUCCGCAUCCAAAACCCUCCACCGGUAAACUUCGAGCAGCUCUACUCGUGGUUCUGCAGCAGCCCCGAGGGUCUUGUGGAGGGUAUUGUGUGGCACUGUGGCGACGGCUCGCUUUUUAAGGUUCACCGCCACCAUCUGGGCCUGGAGUGGCCAGCAGGGAACACUCACCUGGGCAGCAAGCCAGUGGUGGUCCAUGUGGGUGGGACAGCGGUUGCAGCGGGCGACAACAGCAAGAGGCUGUUUGCGUCAUUAUCCCACCUCAAUGGACACCGUUUCAGCGGCCUGCACGACAUCCACUUUGACUUGUGAAAACAAUCUACAACACAUCUAAAGGCAGAGAAGCAUUCACACUUUUUUUAACAAAAAAUCAUGGCUGCCAAAUGGAACUUAAUAUUUCAUUUUAUUGUAUUUCUGCAAUUCGUGCCAGGAAUAUCACACAUGGCAUUGUGGCAUGGCCACAUAGAGACUCGAGUGGAAGGCUUAUUGUCAUUAAAGACGUAAUAUUCGAUCAUUGCAAAUACUUCAGAUUGGACAUAAAAUUGUGUAACUACCAUAUGUCAGAGUCUUGGAGAACACACAUCAUUCUUAAAGGCAGCUUCUCUGCAAAUUCCGGGAGAAGAAAAUGUCGUGAAGCUCCUUGGAAGAUAAAAAUGGGACGCACGCAACAUUGUGGAGCAACCGUAGGUUGAAGUCCAUGGCAGUAUUAAUCGUCAAUAAAGACACUGUCUCAACGAUACACGAGAUCAUUUUUAAUAGUGCUAGUUAUCACCAAAGACGUUGUCUUUUAAUACUGUAGAUUGAUUGGACCCAACAAAUAAUUGCCAGCUGGAUUGUAAACAUGACCACGCACACAACAUUGUGAAAUGAUUGCAUGUCAGCCUAUUGGAACAUGAACACAUGAAAGAUGCCAUAAACGUAGGAUCCGAGUAAAAUGGACUGAAGUUGCUGGAACAUAACGGUGAAUGCACGCAAAAUUGUGGAGCGACACUAUAAGUUUGCUGCAGACACUUUUUGAGAAAAAUGCCCUGUUUACUAUUGCAAUUAUUCUCAGUUUUGUGCAUGAACACAACGUUUCAACUGUUUAAAAAAAGUAAUAAUAAUAAUACAAGACAUUCCGUCAUGGCUCAACCUGACUGAAAACAUUACCUCCUUGAUGGAAGUAAUAUUGAGGCUGAAUAUUUAGCUCCUAAAUGACGCAGUUUUUGUUGUUUUUUUUUUAAACACAGAAAGUUGUUCCAAUUCAUUGUUGAUAUCUACCCUGUUUAAAUGUGUAACCGCAUUGCCCUCAGAGUAAACAAGAGCUUCUCA